UCCUCCCUUCCACACCUUUCUGUUCUCUUCCUCCUCUCCCAGACCCUACUUGCCUCGCCGCCGACGCCUCCUCCCUCCCACCUCCGGCUCCCACCCCCGCCCGCCUCUCGCCGCCACCGCCCGCCGUCCCCGCUCUUCCCCGCACCGCUCUCUCGCCCUCUCCGCCACCACCCCCUCCCCCCUCCGGUUCCCAGCACCCCGUCCCUCGCGCGCCGGCGCCGGCGCCGUCCCCGUUCGUCCUCGUCAGGACGCCCCGCGCUCCGGCCCGCAGCCUUCGCCCACUUCCGAGCUGUCAAGGAAGAGAGUAAUGGACGUUCACAGGGCAGAGUCUCCCCAUACAGGAGCCGCUGCUCUAGACCCUCGACGGGCCGAGGCCGCCAACAGGCACGUGAGGGCACUAAAUGCCCAGUUUGCAAGCUGGGUUCAAUCGCAGUUGCAAAACCAUCCAGCUGAACUUUGGGAGGAUGGCGUGAAAGAUUACUUAUCCCAUGCUUCUGAAAUAAUGGAAAAUUUCAAGGAUGUUGUCAAUUGGCUUAGGCAGAAUAAAGCAGGCACGACAGCUGUUUCAUCCCCAAGUCCAGCCAAUGAGGAGAAGACUACUACGCCAGCAACUGUCAAUAGCAAGUUUAUGGUACAGCCAGGAUCAGAUAAUGGACAGAAGAGUCCAACUACAGGAGCCAGCUCCCUAGCUUUUCAGAACUCAAGCUCACCGAAUAUGUUCUCACUCCCUUCUCAGAAGAAAACGACACCUUUUGGCGGCAUAUUUGAUAACAAGGACACGCCUGGCGACAGCAGCAAAUCGACUUUCCAGUUUGGUGGAAAUAACGGCUUUUCAACACCAACUAACACCUCUGGCGAUAGCAGCAAAUCGACUUUCCAGUUUGGUGGAAAUAACGGCUUUUCAACACCAACUACUCCGUCCAUUUUUUCUACCCCUGGUUCCAGUUUUAACAUGCCAACCUCAACACUGUUUUCAAUGAACCAGCAACCAAUUUUCACUGGAUCAGGAAACAGCAAAGCUGCUGAAGCUUCAGCUGAUGCGGAUGAAGAUGCUGAAGCCGAGCAACCAAGCAGCCCUUCUGUAAAGAAAGCAGAAGAGAAAGGAAUAGUUGUCGUUCAUGAAGCCAAAUGCAAGGUGUAUGUGAAGCAUGAUGAUGCUACCAAGGGUUGGAAAGACAUUGGUGUCGGUCAGCUCUCUAUCAGAUGUAAAGAGGGUGCAGAGAAAGCUUCAAAAGAGUCCACCCCAACAGUUGUUAUCAGAAAUGAUGUCGGCAAGAUUCUUCUGAAUGCUAUGAUCUACAAGGGGAUAAAAAUGAGUGUUCAAAAGAACACGGUUGCCUCGAUAUUUCACACUUCAGAUGCGCAGUCUGAAUCAGAUGGUGGCAAUGUUGUAGCUCGAACAUACUUACUCCGACUGAAAAACGAAGAGGCGGCUACAAACUUGUCAGCGGUGAUCAAAGAGAACGCGCCGCUGGACUGAUCCUUAUGGCCUGCAUUAAUUAUUGUCUUGAAGGUUUGCUUUUGGCAAUAGUGGUAAUGUUUAGAGGGGCUCGAUAACUUGCUGCGAUGGGCGAAGGGAUGCCCUGCGGAGUUUCUGUCCCCGAGCUACACACCUAAGAAGCUGGUCAUGGCCCGGAUGAAUUUUUGUUGUCUAGUAUGUUUAGCUGGUCGUGUUGUAUCACCUGUUCGUUAUUUAUUGAUAGUAUGUUGUAGCACCUGUUGGCUCCAGUAAGGUUACGCCUUGUUAAUGCUAACGAGGCAACGUAUCUUGUCAGUGGCCCGAACUACACAGUUGAAAACCAUUUCGAGGCCAUUAGGUCAUGUUCAGCUAUGGAAUUCUCUGUUGCUUGAA